AUGGGUAUCUUCAAGUUUUUCCAUGAAAUCAAAGCUAAUGCUUCUCACAAAAGGAUGUUCAAGGCUGUGAUGAUUGAUAACGCCGAUGUUUUGCCGAAAGCCUCCCCAUUCAUCAAGAGCAUAGAGACAGUUCAAGGUGAUGGCGGUGUUGGAAGCAUCAUGCAGACAAAUUUCAGUGAUGGAGCUCAACACAAGUACAUGAAGAAUAGGAUUGACCAUCUGGACCCUGAAAACUGCGUGGGCAAGUUGACUUUAGUUGAGGGAGACGUACUUGGAGACAAGAUUGAAUCUAUCAGCUACGAGGUGAAAUUCGAGGACUCAAAGGAUGCAGGAUGUGUUGUCAAGAUCACCACUGAGUAUCAUACAAAGGGUGAUGUUGUACUAAAAGAAGAGGACAUUAAUGCAAGCAAGGAACAAUCAUUUGGACUCUACAAGGCUUAUGCAGAUUACCUGAAUGCCAAUCCUCAUGUUUGUGCCUAA